AUGACCCCCACCCUCACAGCCCUGCUCUGCCUCGGGCUGAGUCUGGGCCCCAGGACCCACACCCAGGCAGGGCCCCUCCCCAAACCCACCCUCUGGGCUGAGCCAGGCUCUGUGAUCAUCCGGGAGAGCCCAGUGACCAUCUGGUGUCAGGGGACCAUGGAGGCCCAGGAGUACCUUAUGGAUAAAGAGGGAAGCCAAGAACCCCAGGACACACAGAACCCACUGGAACCCAGGAGCAAGGCCAGAUUCUCCAUCCCAUCCAUGACAGAGCGCCACGCAGGGAGAUACCGCUGUUACUAUCGCAGCUCUGCAGGCUGGUCGGAGCCCAGCGACCCCCUGGAGCUCGUGGUGACAGGAUCCUACAGCAAACCCACCCUCUCAGCCCUGCCCAGCCCUGUGGUGGCCUCAGGAGGGAACGUGACCCUCCAGUGUGGCUCACAGAAGGGAUAUGACCAUUUUGUUCUGGUGAAGGAAGGAGAACACCAGCUCCCCCGGACCCUGGACUCACAGCGGCUCCACAGUGGGUGGUUCCAGGCCCUGUUCCCUGUGGGCCCCGUGACCCCCAGCCACAGGUGGACGUUCAGAUGCUAUUACUAUUAUAGGAGCACCCCCCAGGUGUGGUCCCAGCCCAGUGACCCCCUGGAGAUUCUGGCCUCAGGCGUGUCUAGGAAGCCCUCCCUCCUGACCCUGCAGGGCCCUGUCGUGGCCCCUGGAGAGACCCUGACCCUGCAGUGUCGCUCUGACGUCAGCUACGACAGAUUCGCUCUGUACCAGGAGGGGCAACGUGACUUCCUCCAGCGCCCUGGCGGGCAGCUCCAGGCUGGGCUCUCCCAGGCCAACUUCACCCUGGGCCCUGUGAAGGGUUCCUACGGCGGCCAGUACAGAUGCUACGGUGCACACAGCCUCUCCUCAGAGUGGUCGGCCCCCAGUGACCCCCUGGACAUCCUGAUCGCAGGACAGUUCUAUGACACGGUCUCCCUCUCGGUGCAGCCGGGCCCCACGGUGGCCUCAGGAGAGAACGUGACCCUGCUGUGUCAGUCAUGGGGGCAGUCUGACACUUUCCUUCUGACCAAGGAGGGGGCAGCCCAUCCCCCGCUACGUCUGAGAUCAAAGUACCGAGCUCAUAAGUACCAGGCUGAAUUCCACAUGAGUCCUGUAACCUCAGCUCACACAGGGACGUACAGGUGCUACAGCUCACUCCGCUCCAACCCCCACCUGCUGUCUCUCCCCAGUGACCCCCUGGAGCUCGUGGUCUCAGGACCACCUGGAGGCUCCAGACCCCCACCCACAGGGCCGCCCUCCACACUUGGAGGCCCUGAGGACCAGCCCCUCAGCCCCUCAGGGUCAGGCCCCCAGAGUGCUCCGGGGCUCAGCUCUGGUGAAGGAACAAGGGCUGCAGGUCUGGGAAGAUACCUGGAGGUUUUGAUUGGGGUCUCGGUGGCCUUCGUCCUGCUGCUCUUCCUCCUCCUCUUCCUCCUCCUCCGACGUCCGCGUCAGAGCAAACACAGGACAUCUGACCAGAGAAAGACUGAUUCCCAGCGUCCUGCAGAGGCUGCAGAGCCAGAGCCCAAGGACAGGAGCCUGCUGAGGAGGUCCAGCCCAGCUGCUGACGUCCAGGAAGAAAACCUCUAUGCUGCCAUGAAGGACACACAGUCUGAGGACGGGGUGGAGCUGGACAGUCAGCAGAGCCCACACGAUGAAGACCCCCAGGCAGUGACGUAUGCCCCGGUGAAACACUCCAGACCUAGGAGAGAAAUGGCCUCCCCUCCCUCCCCACUGUCCGGGGAAUUCCUGGACACAAAGGACACACAGGCAGAAGAGGACAGGCAGAUGGACACUGAGGCUGCUGCAUCUGAAGCCCCCCAGGAUGUGACCUACGCCCAGCUGCACAGCUUGACCCUCAGACGGACGGCAACUGAGCCUCCUCCAUCCCAGGAAGGGGAACCUCCAGCUGAGCCCAGCAUCUAUGCCACACUGGCCAUCCAUUAGCCCAGAGGGGACCCAGACCCCACACUCAGGAGAAGGAGACUCAGGACUGCUGAAGGCACGGGAACUGCCCCCAGUGGACACCAAUGAACCCCAGUCAGCCUGGACCCCUAACAGACCACGAGGAUACGCUGGGAACUUGUGGGACUCACCUGACUCAAAGAUGACUAAUAUCGUCGCAUUUUGGAAAUAAAGCAACAGACUUCUCAAUAAUCACUGAGUUAAUAAGAAAAAAAAAAAAAAAACACAGACGUAAAGGCCGGGU